UUGCAUCAGCAUCAGUGCACUGAAAUACGUCCUCUGGUUAUCAGGUGCACUAAACAAAAUAACAAUGAUGUUCAGCGUACUACUACUGCCCCUGCUGUUACUAGCGUCACUAGCUGCCUCAAAACCGCAAUACGGGAACGCGCAAUUUUCUUGCCCUCAACCUUAUGGAUAUUUCAAAGCUUCUAAUCAAUGUGACCAAUAUGUGGAAUGCAAGAACAAUGUGCCACUUCAGUUGUCCUGUCCUACCGGUCUUCAAUUUAAUCCAAUGAGACAAUGGAUAGAGUAUCCUUGUGAUGCUCCUGCAGUCGUUCGGUGUAACCCAUCUCCUGCAAGAACUUAUGUUGCACCGACAACGCCCGCACCUCCUCCCCCCACUACUCCAGCUCCAGUAGUGGUCCAGCCGCGAGACUUCUCGUGCCCACAGCCGCAGGGCUACUUCCGGACAUCUACUGGUUGUGAACAAUAUGUUGAAUGCAAGAAUAGCGUACCACGAACGUUCUCCUGCCCUCGUGGUCUUUACUUCAAUCCUCAAGUGCAAUGGACGCAGUACCCCUGCGAUCAGGCUUCAAAAGCGAUAUGUGAUGAACCUUUAGAGAUUGAGGCUAUACCAGAACCUGAACCAGUGACUACACCAGCACCAGCACCUGCACCAAUAUGCCAACCUGUGGCAUCAUGCUUAGGCCCUGCACCAACGUGCCAACCUGUGGCACCAUGCUCUGCCCCUGCACCGCCACCACCAUGCACUCAAUGUUACCAAUAAAAACGGUACGGUGAUUUUAUAUUUUCUAUUUAACAAUUUAUUCUUAUAAGAGUAAUUCUAGUUUGAAAUACAGGUUAACUUUUAGAACAAAGACUUAAAUAAAAUGUAUUUUUUUUAUCAUUUUAGCGCAUUCAAGUAAAAGUUUGUUUAUUACAAAAGUUGUUUUACUUUUAAUUUAUUAUGAUUUAAAGAUUCCAUUCUAUUUUGACGUGUCAUCAAAUAUUCUCCAAAAUAUGGGAUCAAAAGUUGUUAAAGCCUAUAAAAAAAUAGUAACGAAAGUUAAAUCAAAUAACAAUUAGGCAUGUUAAUGCUUAUUAAGUAUGUUUUAAAUAUACCUAUGCCAUAAAAUGCUAAUAAUAGAACUUAAAGUUAUUUUUAUUAUAACCACUUAUAUUACAGACGCUGUAUUAAAUGCCACGAAUUCCGCUUACUGCGUUAAUGAUGGCUACAAGUUCUACCGCUACGAGAUACUGCGCAGUAGAUGACAACGUUUACUGCUAUGGAAAAACUAGCUAGAUCAAUUAUAUACAAACAAAAUUGUGCUUUUAUUAUAUUUAUUAGGUGAAGGUUUAAAAAAAUAAAUUAUUAUUUAAAAAAA